CUGGACAGCUCGGGGCUCUGUAUAACAGUGGCCCAGCACACACACAGCCCUCACCGAUUUUGGGCUUAGACUCCCCGGCAGGUCCAGCGGAGCCCGAGCGGUUCUGGUUCUUGUUGUUGGAUCCGGGCUCCAUGUCUGCCGCAGAGCCGGGGCAGCUCAGGGGCAUAGGCCGGGGGGAGCAGGGGGGCAGCACGGCUCGGGGGGCAGCUGGAAGCCAAGAGCAUGGCGUUCAGGAGCGGCGGACAGCGGAGAGCGGGACUCAUGGCGACAUCUUCCGAGAGAGAGACCGACACAGGAAGAAAUCACCGGGCGGGGGGCCUGGAAACAGAGAAAGCGGGGGGCAGGCGGGGGGCCUGGGAGGAGCGGGCGGCUCCGGGAGCAGGGGGGGAGGGGCCCUCGGUGGGUCACGGCCCGGGGUCUGGGGCCCAGGCGGGUGUCGGGGGCUGGGUGUUUCCGCUCCCGGGAGCGGGGCUGAUAUUCCGAGCCGCGUUCGUAAUGGCGACUGCUCGCCUGACGGUGCCAGAUCCCCGGAUGAGGUGGUUAUAUAGGGGGGGCGGGGCCGGACCGCGAGGCCUGCCGGGAGUUGUAGUUCCUCCUUCCCUCCCCAGGGCCAGGCCGAGUUAAAGGGUUAACAGACCGUCCUAGCCGUGGCACGGGCCGGGGUCAGCUCCAUGAUGGCGGCGCCCAUGACAGCCUUGCUUCGGGCCCGCCUGGCAGGAGCCUGCAGUGGGGUGAGGAGGUGGAGACACACCGAACAGGCCAGGAAGGAGACUCACUUCGGCUUCCAGACCGUGUCCGAGGAGGAGAAGGGAGAGAGAGGUGAGACCUAGCGGGGUUAUUCACUAAAGUGCGAAUUCAGUGCGAGACUUUCACGAAGCAGAGCUGAAUUAGAGAAUGUUUCCAGCUCAGCUGUUCUGACCUUACAGUGGAAAUUCACUGUGAAUGCUCACUUUAGUGAAAAGCCCCGCAUUGGGGCAAUGUGUGAAUAUAUAAAUAAUGUUUUAACACUUUUAUUGGAGUCCACCUGUGGCAUAUUCAAUUGAUUAGAUAUGAUGUGGAAAUGCACACUCCUAUAGGGUCUCACAGCUGUAAACCGGUAUCAGAGCAAAAUCCAAGCCAUGAGGUCCACCUGCAGACCUAGAAAAAUAAUUGUGUCGAAGCACAGAUCUGGGAAAGGUUACAAAAAAUGUAGCUGCAUUGAAUGUUUCCAAGAUCACUUAAUUCUAAAAUAGAAGUUUGCAGUACCCUGGACUCUUCAUAGACCUGGCAUUUGAUAAGAGAUGUGACCAAUGACCUAAUGGACAUUCUCUGUGAACUUCAGAGGUGGAAACAGAAGAAACUUGCAUAAGGACAGCCAUCACUGUAACACUCCACUCAUCUGUUCAGCCUCUCUCCUCACUGCAAGACACAAUAAAGCCAACUUGGAAUUUGCAGAAAAGCACAUAAAGCAAUGGCAGAACUACCGUGGUUGUAAAGGUUGCAAGUGCGACUAGGUAGGCAGCCACUGGGGGCAGACUUAGAGCUGCAAUGUAAACAUUGCCGUUCUCUGGAACUGCAAUGUUUUACAUUGAAGCACUAAGUGCAAAAGGGUCACAGCUUCCAGACUACUUCAAUUAGCUGAAGUGGUCUGGGUGCCUAUAGUGUCCCCCCACCUGUGCUGCGUGAGUUGGGGGCUAUUAAACUAAAGGGGGGACCUAGCAUUCCUGGCCCCCACCCAUGAGUGGCGGGUGGGGGCUCUAAAUGAAAAUGGGGGGACACCUAAUUCCCCGGCCUCCACCCAUGAGUGGCGGCCCUAAAUUAAAAAAUAGGGGGGACCUAUUGUCCUCCCGACCCCCACCCAUGGGUGAUGGGGUGGGGGUAAAUGUAAACCCCUCCCCACACAAUUUUUUUUUUUUAAUAAAGACCUAACUACCUAACUCACCCUAAAAAUAGUGAGGGGUAACAAGAGUACUAAAUACCUGUAAAUAAAAAAUAACUUACCAUGUGAUAUCUUCUUUUUUUUUUUCAGCCCCAAAAAAGGCCAAAUAAAAAUUCAUAAUACCCGCCGCAGUUGUUAAAAUAAAUAUAAAAAAAAAAAAAGCUAAAAAAAACAAAACAAACUCGACAGUAAAAAAGUAAUCCAUGUUCACCCAGCGAGGGCACCAUGCAGACUGAACUCCGAAGGGCAGGGAAAGGCUAGGUCCUACCUUCAGUUUAAUAGCCCCCACUCGCGCAGCUCGGGAGGGGGAACACUAGGGGGCUUUUUUUUUUUUUUAUAACAGUGAGUAGCCACUGGCUGCUCACUGUUUAGUAGACAUGCCCCUACUCGGGGGCAUAGCGUAUAGGGGCAUUAGUGAGAUUUUAAUCUUCCUUAUGCUAUUAUGGGGGUCAUAGUGACCCCCAUAGAGCGAGGGAGGACAUAGGGGGCUUAGGAAGUGACAGGGAACACUGCUCCCUGCCACUUCUAUUUUUACAUAUUACAAGUAGGUAGCUGCGUGCCGGUAGUUCCCUCCUUGUAAUAAACCAAACGAACGAAGAGGACUUUGUUCAUUCAAUUGAAAUUUCUAUUCAUUUAUUUGUCUUUCUGACAAAUAAAUGAAUAGAUGAAAUUCCCGUUCGAAUGCCCCAGUGUUUAAAUAGGCAUGCGCGGGAAUUUCACAGCGCUAUCUAGUGUGGGCAUAUGACGUGUCCCACAGGGAUUUCAUCUACCCACACAAAGACGGCAGUGCCCAGGACCUAGGUCUGGGCACGAAAUUAAAGAUGCAAAAAUAGGCAAGAUGGGGGCUUGGGAGCCUUUGGGGGUGACUAGGGGGACCAUUAGAUGUAGUGGAGUCGAGUGGGGGGGGGGGUUAAAUUUUUUUUUAUUUAUUUAUUUUUUUUUAUUUUUUUUAACUACGGGAUUCGGCCAUGACAGUGCCGCAUUAAUGCAUUAUAACAUCAGUGUUACUUUAAGAUUUGCAUUGCUCUCUGCUGUGAAGGUUUCUGGACUUCUGCAUUAUAAUGUAUGCAUUUGUCUAUUACUCUUGGAAUGAGAACACAUAUUUUUUUUGGACUCUGACUAUAUAUAUAUAUAUAUAUAUCUAUAUCUCUAUCUGUCUAUCUAUCUAUCUUUCAUCUUCUACUGCUUGAGGCUGUGCUCCAAGAUCAGUUCACAGAGGUAGAACAAUGGAUCACAGGUAAACAUUUCUUAAACACUGACAGAACUGUCACAAUGAUCUUUGGAUCAGUUCCUAAACUACAUACAUUACAAAAUUCCUAUCUAUGCAUCAGAACAAAAUCAAAUACACUGACGACAGUCCGUUCCUUCAAAUAUCUAGUUAUGUUGCUACACCCCAUACUAUCUUUUGGCCUCCACAUGGAAAAACUCUCAUCAAAACUAGGUGCCCUGUACAGAAACAAAUCCUGCCUAAGCCCCACAGUAAGAAAACAGAUUGUACAACAAAUGUUAAUAUCAGUCAUUAUGGGGAUGUAGUGUGUGCACCUGCGUCGCCAACCGCCAUAAGUUUAUUACAUUGUAUAACUCAUUCUGCAUCUGUGUGCUCCAAUUUAAUUACAUGACCCAGCAUUGUGACAUGUUAAAAGAACUAUAUAAUCAGAGCUGGAAGUGCACUCAGCCCCUCACUGAGGAAUCCAUGGUGCUCUUGAAAAGUCCCAGUACCCAAAAGGACCAAAGUAGAUACAUUUGUAGAAAAUGAUCAAGGCACUCCAAUAAUUUCCAAUUCUUAAGGCAAUUUAUUUGGACCAGGAACUACAAAGCAACGUUUCAGCCCUAACAGGGCUUUUUUCAAGCUUGAAAAAAGCCCUGUUAGGGCUGAAACGUUGCUUUGUAGUUCCUGGUCCAAAUAAAUUGCCUUAAGAAUUAGAAAUUAUUGGAGUGCCUUGAUCAUUUUCUACAAAUGUUAAAAGAACUAAACUGGCUGGAAUCCCGAUGCACCCUUCAUCUUUCAAGCCUUGUGUUUAACCCCUUAAGGAAGGCGGGCGUGCUAUGCCAUCCUUAGGGAACCGGCUCUAAAGGCCGGCAAGCGGCAUAGCACGUCCCCAUUGUCCAGGGUACUUAUCCGGUCGCCCUCUCCUUCCUCUUUGGCCCUCCUGAGCCAUGUGAUUGUGAGGUCCUUGUGAGGACCUCGCGAUCACAUGGACAGCAUAGCCAGCGCCUGUAAUGACAGGUACUCCCCCUGCUGUCUAUAUAUAUAUAUAUAUAUAUAUAUAUAUAUAUAUAUAUAUAUAUAUAUAUAUAUAUAUAUAUAUAUAUAUAUAUAUAAAUGCUAAACAGUUUAAAAUUACAUUAUAUAUGCUUAGAUCAUAUAUAUAUCUCUAUAUAUAUAUCUCAAAGUAAACGUAGAAUGAUAUUGAAUAUAUAUAUAUAUAUAUAAUGUAAAAUAACUAUUUUAAAAUAUAUAUUGAUAUCAAAAUACAUGUAGAACGAAAUAAGCUAUAUUUAUAAAAAUAAUUUUAAUUUUUUAUAUAUAUAUAUAUAUAUAUAUAUAUAUAUAUAUAUAUAUAAAAAAUUUUAAAUUAUUUUUAUAAAUAUAGCUUAUUUCGUUCUACAUGUAUUUUGAUAUCAAUAUAUAUUCAUUUUAAAAUAGUUAUUUUAAUAUAUAUAUAUAUAUAUAUAUAUAUAUAUAUAUAUAUAUAUAUACACACACAAUAUCAUUCUACGUGUACACUUAGACAGUAUUAUAUAUAAUAUAUACACACACGUGUGUGUGUGUGUGUGUGUGUGUGUGUGUAUAUGUAUAUAAUAAUUCUACAUAUAUAUUUAUGUAAUUUACAUAAGUAGGUCAUUUUAAUAAUUACAAUUUGCGGGACCUGCCUGACAACCCAGGCCAAAAGUCCAGGGAAUUUAAUUUGCUAGCACUAUAUUUACUGGGUACUGUUUUACUCGGAAGACUUCACUGAACACAAAUAUUAGUGUUUCAAAACCGUUAAAUGUAUUACAACGAUGAUAUCUUCAGUGAAAGUGAAAUUUUUUGCAUUUUUCACACACAAAUGACACUUACAUUGACGAUAUUGUUGUGAUACGUUUUACUGUUUUGAAACACUAAUAUUUGUGUUCAGCGAAGUCUCCUGAGUAUUACAAUAACCAUCAUGUACAGGUUCUAUGGUGUUUUCAAAAGUUACAGAGUCAAAUAUAAGGCUUGCGUUUCAGUUUUUUCACAUUGAAAUUCGCCAGAUUGGUUACGUUGCUUUUGAGACCGUAUGGUAUCUGAGGAAUGAAAUUUACCCCCAUGAUGGCAUACCAUUUGCAAUAGUAGACAACCCAAGGUAUUGCAAAUGGGGUAUGUCCAGUCGUUUUUAGUAGCCACUUAGUCACAAACACUGGCCAAAAUUGGCGUUCAAAUUAUUUUUUUUGCAUUUUUCACACUCAAACAAAUAUUAACACUAGUAGCCACUUGGUCACAAACACUGGCCAAAGUUAGUGUUAAUAUUUGUUUGGGUGUGGAAAAAUGCAAAAAAACAAAUUUGAAACCAAUUUUGGCCAGUACGUAUGUUUAUUUUUUAAAGUGGUUUAGGGGAUACCACUUUAAGGCGUUUUUGAGCUUCUCACUACUAUUCAAUGUGAAAACACUAAAGAAUGUAACAUGCUAUAUUUGACCCUGUAACUUCCCAAAACAUCAUAAAACCUGUACACAGGGGGUACUGUUUUACACGUGAGACAUUGCUCAGUACAAAUAUGUGUAUUUUAUUGCAGUAAAAGCAAACAGUAUUAUGACAUUCACAGUUAGAAUGUCACAUAGAACUAAAAAAAAAUAUUAAAAUUCUUAUUUUCUCCCAUUUUUUUUAUAUUUUAUUCAUAUUAAAUUAUGUUUCAUACCUAAAUAUUUGAUGUUAAAUGAAAGCACUGUUUCCCCUGAAUAAAAUGAUAUAUAAUAUGUGUGGGUGCACAUGAAUUAUGCCUGAACUGACAUAUAGCGCAAAUUCAAGUUUUUUUUUACGUUUUGUUUUGAUCACAAUGUGUACAUUUGGCUCAGCUUUUCUGGGAUGCUUCCACCCUACCUGAGUAAAAUGCUGUUCCUUCCUCUUAUAACCUCCGAUUCAGUACCAGCACUUUAUUUCUUAUACCACAAUACAAAAAGAAAGUGGUUCGAUCCUCAUUUUCCUACAGAGUACCGCAAUUAUGGAAUAACCUCAUGGAAACAAUCAAAUCUUCUGUCAGUCUAAAAUCCUGUAAGAUAUGUCUGCCAAUAUAUCUCAAUACAGAAUGCACUUUUAAUCAUAUUCUAUGUUUUAUUUGUUAUGUGUUAAAUUUAUAUAUGUGUAUUAUUUUUAAUAUUGUAUCUUGUUUAACAAUGUAAUGGUUGUGGGGAAAGGAAAAACGUAAAAAUAAGAGAAAUCUCAAUGUAUCCUUCCUUGUAAAAUACUUUGUAAAUUAAUAAAAAUAAAUAUUGCGUGUUUAAUGCAUCUGUUUUCUCUCUACUCUUUUCUUUUCCUAGUUUAUCAGGUGUUUGAAAAUGUAGCCAGAAAAUAUGAUCUAAUGAAUGAUUCUAUGAGUCUGGGGGUACAUCGACUAUGGAAAGAUUGGCUGAUACAGUACAUGAACCCUACACCUGGCACUAAACUACUAGAUGUGGCAGGAGGAACAGGUAAAAUAUCCAAUUUCUAUUCAGUCUGUUUGAAUCUUUACUACAGCUGAAAAAUCUAUUAUGGUUUUCAUAUUUUAUUUUUUAUUUUUUUUGUCUUCUCAAAAUGUUUCUUCCACCUUUACAUCCCUCCUUUUGUUUUUUUUUUUUUUUGUUUUUUUUGAAUUCUUACUACAGAAGCAUAUAUUAUUAUUUUUUUUUUAACAUUCAUUAUUUAAUACGAAUUUUCAAAUAAAGGUAACAUGAAAAUCAUGGGAUAAAGGUUAAGGUAAGCAAGGGCAGGAAAAGUACACACAUCAAACAUCAUAGUAAAAAAAGUCUCAAACAGCAAAUAAAUAGCACCGGAGACGUAAAUGGGAAAUAUAUAGAGGUGAGAUCCCUAUGUAGUGUCCUCCAAAUGAUAAGGGCCUAACCCUAAGUUAAGUACAACAAAAAGUUCCAUUCCAGAACUAGGUUAUUCAGAGUGACACGAACAGAUAGAGCUAGCAAAAUAAAGUAAAUGUGAAAGUAAUUCCAAACCAAAAAACAGCCUAAGUGAAAAAUAAAUCCAAGUUCACUAGAGAACUUAAUAAGAAACACCUACGCAUGCCGAUGCUUUAAAUCACUGAUGAAUAACCUAGUUCCGGGAUGGAACUUUUGUUGUACAGGAGACGUAAAUGGUUGCACAGCUCUGUUUGAAUUGUAUUUGUUCUUACCCUUGAGGGUUGUGUCCCCUCAUAUUAUCUUAUGACUGCAUUGUCCUGAACGAUCCUUAAUCUACUAAUGGUGUGCUCUGCUGUCUGUACUUAAACUGGCUCUUACCUUUCUCCUAUUGUUUCCUCUGCUCUUCCUCUUUCAGAAUCUGUUCUUUUUUUAUUUCUGGUCUAGUUCUCUUUUAAACGGAAAACAAAGUAGGGACUACUUUGUAUUAUGUAUUUUUCCUACUCAAUUAUUUUGGCUUGCAUGUCAACGAUUCUAGUGAAUAAAGUGAAGUGUAUAAAUCCCAUAAUGCCAGCAAGUAAAUGACACCGUCAUGAGUGACCUAAAAUUAUUUGAAGAUUUAUGAGUGAUGGUAGUAAGUACUUAAUAGUUAUACUGUGUAUAUUUGGAGAUAAUGCUGUUUCUCCAGGGUGUAAAACCAGAAUUUCCUGCAUUGUUUGGCUUUCAAAUAGGAGUUUGUUUUUUUUUUGUUUUUUUUAGUUCCUUAACAACAUUUGUUGUUUGGAAUUGUUGACACUUUUUUGAACAAUCAGUUGUUCAGUGAUCAACAGGACAAAGUAAAAAAAACAAAACACACAAACAAACAACAUUGUGCCUGUGUGUGUUUCUCUUUCUAUAUAUCUAUAUGUAUGUGUGAUAGAUCUAUCUAUCUAUAUAUAUAUAUAUACAUUAUCUAUCUCUAAUACAAAUACUCAUAGAUGAUUUCGGCAGACAUCUUAAUAAAGCACUUAGGGUUCUUUUAAUCUUAGGGCAGUGACAUCAAUUCAGCCCCUCUCCCAGUAAGUCAGAAUUUUUAUUGUCUACAUCUCUUCAAGUCCGCUGAAAUAAUGAUGGCAGGUGCUGCCCAGGGCACAAACUUUUAUUACUCUUGGGCAAACCCAAACAACCCGCAGUAAAUGGUAAAAUGUUAAAACUUGAUCUGUCUCUUGAAAUGUAUCAGUCUAGUUAUUGUUGCAUUUAGCAAUUUCUGUGUGACUAAUUCGAACAGUACCUGCUAAAGUAGAUUUCUAAAUAAAUGGAGUUGUUCUUCUAUAGCUCAUAUGAAUAUGCUUGAAAACAAAUGAGAUCCAUACAUAUAAAUUGGUUUGGGUCCUCAGCUGAUAUACAAAUGCGACUAGGAACAAUCAAAUGGUUACUUCAGGCACCAUGACAAUAUCAGUGAUUUAAAGUGGUCAUGGUGCCUGAAGUCUGUAUGUGUUGCGUUUUGCUAUGAAAUACUCUACAUAUGGAGAAUUACCCUAUUCUAGAGAACAUCCAAUUUUAUUUAGUAAGUGUUUCAGGGCACACUUGUAUGAUUAAUCUUUUUAUUUAGGUGAUAUCGCAUUCCGCUUUGUAAAUUACAUCCGUGCUCAAAAGGAAAAAAUGAUCAGGCAUAAGUUGAAGUACCAGCAGAAUCUGUCAUGGUCAGAAAUCUCAAGAGCCUACCAACAGGAGGAACAAGGAUCCUUGGGUGGAUCCCGAGCUGUCAUCUGUGAUAUAAACAAGGAGAUGCUUAAGGUUGGGAAGCAGAAAUCACUGACACUGGGAUAUUCAGAAGGUGAGUUUUGUAUUAAUACUUAUGGCAAAUAGGCAUGCAAAGGAGACUUUCUGUUGUUCAUAAUACAUUUUGCAAUCAAAUUAAGGAACACUCCAAGCACCAUAACCACCAAAACAUUCCGUAGUUAUGAUGCGUAUAGUUUUCCUUUAAAUAAAUUAAUGAAUAUUUUAUUCUACCUGCAUUCUUAAGUAGAUCUUAUAGGCACCAGAACCACUGCAGCUUAAUGUAAUGGUGCUCGGGCAAAUAGCCUGCCCCUGCAAACUGAGAAUAUGCAGUGUUUACACUGCUGUCAAGGGCCACCUCUAGUGGAAACAAAGUGAUCUAACCCCUAAAUGGCAGAGAAUUGAACAGUGAGACUUCAGAGGCUUGAUCUAUACACCAACACUGGUUCUUUAAGCUAAAUUAUUUUGGUGACUAUAGUGUCCCUUUAAUAAUAAACUUCAUCGUCUCUGUGGCCAUCAUCCACAAAGUAGUAUUAGGUCGCAUGGACUUCAGGCCUGUAAAAUAUGUUACAGGCUUUUGGAAGAAACUCCCACAAGAUGUUUGGUGUUCUACAUUGUCUGGUUGCAUAAAGCCAUUAUGUGGAUAACCUCAUACAUUUCAGAGCCUGGCUAGAAUGCAGCAAACAUCAGUAAUUUGUUUUUGUUUUUCUUCUCCUGCCAGGACUGUCGUGGGUUGCAGGCAACGCUGAGGAAUUGCCUUUUGAUGACGAUAAGUUUGAUGUCUAUACCAUUGCAUUUGGAAUCCGCAAUGUGACACACAUAGACCAAGUGAGUGGCACACAUAAAAUCAUAGAACACAGGAGUGCUAUAUUUAAAUACUAGACAUUUUGGCACCUCAUACAUUGCACAUGUUGAUGGUAUGCUUAACAAAGUUACUAUUGGAAGAUGUUUUCUAGGUGUAUGUUAAGUAAAGAAUGCAUUAAUUUGCAAAUUGGAAUUAAACAAAAUUGAAUGCUGAGAUUACAUAUCUUGACAGAUUAAAGGGUUUAUCCCUAAACUCCGAAAUGAAAUCCAAAUGGAAAAAAAUGGCAAAUACAGAUGGUUUGAAUAAAUUCUCUAAGCCUUCUAUAAUAGCUACUUUAGUCUUCAUUUCAUCAUUCAGAUUGCUGUUUGCUACAUAUUGGAGUUUAGAAUAUAAACCUGUGUGAUGGCAAAAGAGAAUCAGAGUGAAAGGAAAAAUCAGGAUGGUUAAAAAGAAAAUUGGGGGGGGGUGGGGGGGGAGAGAGGCGUGGCCUGGAUGGAGAUGGCCACCUAACAGAGGAGCUCCGUCCCGCUCAGCAAUUAAACCGCAUAUAUGGCAGCAUAACCUACCUGAUGGGCCGCAAUAAAAGGUCCGACUCUCACCCGACAGAGAAAGGACCCCAGCAGUCACAGCAGACUGGUACGCUGGAUGGGUAUCUAAGAACACCGACCAGACAGCCACGCGCUGUACUGGGAUCCAAGAUGGCUGACAGCCGAGCUCCAGCACAGGUACCUGACGCACAGGAACCCUCCCUAGCAGAUAUUAGGGCCCUCACAGAAGCCAUGGUCACAAAAUCUGACCUUCAAGCCCUAUCAGCAAACCUACAUAAAGUGAUAAGAUCAGAGGUAGCCACACUGCAGCGGGACCUCACAGCCCAAGAUGGCCGCCUACAGACCCUGGAAGGUGCACAGCAAACCGCUGCGACCAGAAUAGAGGCCACAAACGCAGCAGUAGGUAGACAGGGGGCAAUACUGCUGCAAAUAAGAAGACAAACAGAAGACCUGGACAAUAGGGGUGCAGAUCCAACAUAAGGAUCCGCAACGUACCUAAAGACCCUGGGGAAGAUGAUGUUGGAGCCAUGCUGACAGACCUAUUCAGGGAAAUCCUGGGCCCAGAUGCCCCGCAGCGCUUCGACUUCGACAGAGCACACAGGGCUCUGAGACCCCACACUACAGAAAACCUACCAAGGGACAUUAUAUGCUGCCUACACGAAUACAGGAUAAAGGAACUUCUAAUGAACAAGGCUAGAACCAAACAAACUUGGCGGUUCCGGGGAGCGGACAUAUCCCUGUUCCAAGACCUAUCACCCCUCACAUUAGAGGCCCAAAGAGCCCUGAGGCCAGUGACGCAGCUACUGAGAAGCCGAAAUAUACCAUAUAAAUGGGGCUUCCCCUUUUGCCUGACCAUUAAACAUGGCAACGAAUGGAAGUCCCUAUACUGGCCAGAAGAAGUAUCCACAUUCCUACUAACCAUGGGUCUGCCUCACACUGAAGUAUUAGACUAGGUCCUGGGCCCGCUAGAGCAGAGAAACAACCAAAUGGCACCUAGAGCAUCCAGAUGCCGCAAAGAAGAUUCGCCGCAAGGACGUCAAGCACGCAGAUACCAACAGCCAGCGCAACAAGCACACCCCGGAGCAGAAUAGGCCUCAGAACAAGAGAUGGACCCCAUGGCACGAACCAGCAGAGGUAUAAAGUUUCCCGCAGCAGACAAGACGAACUUCAAGACCAAGGACACACAGAUAAGUACAAUACACACUUAGACUUUUGGACACCCAAUGACAGUGACAAUGACAAAUGAUCCCAGGACACAGGAUGCCUAUAGUACCUCCUAGACUCAAGGCAACAUAAGCACCACCCCCCACCUUACAAGUAGAGACACUGGAUCACUACCAUCACUGAGAGAUUUCGCCUCCUGAUCAACCCCAGGGAACCACAGCAGGUUGGGGGGAACAGGGCAGAGGGCAUACAAAAAAACCCAAAACAAAACAAAAAAAACGAUGGGACCCCAGCAUAUGGAACACUUGCAUGCAAACAAAGGGAUGGGACUGCGCCAAUGGGCAAAUUAAAUGAAACUAAAGGGCCUGGUUGAGGUGGUAAUAUUGAAAUAGAGUCCAGUAUAAUGGAACUUUGAUCUUAUGUUGGUCUCUGGAGUUGUAGAAUUUUGCUCCUUACAGGUGUAUGGAGGCGGGCGAUGAGUGAUGAAAAUAAUAGUGGUAAAGGGUGAUCCAAAAGGUAUCCAAAUAAAAUAGAAGAGAUAAUACUCACUUUUUAUAGAGCUUAAUCCAGCUCUGGUAUGAAUAGCUUGCAGCGGUAUAAUCCCCGCUUAUGGGAUAUGCGGUGAGUCUUCUCUUCGGUGUAGUGACUGACAGACAGCCAGGGGGGAGAUAAAAACAAAAAAGCAGUGAUGGUGCAGUAUGUUCCAAAAGUGGAUAAAAAGUAUUUGAAUAUAGUAGAUACACUCACAUUUAAUAGAGCUUAUACUAGCUCUAGUGUAGUAGGCAUACAGCGGUAUGAUCCCCGCCUCUAGGAUAUAUGGUGAGCGUUCUUUGAAAUAGUUCUUUAAGAUGGUAGCAGGAGCUCAGGGAGAAGAUAAUAAAACCGCAAUAGUGCUAAAAUAAUGCUGGUGUAUGUAAAAUAUACUCACAAUGUAUAGGGCAGGCUAACUGCUCUAUGAUACAGGCACGGGUGGUAUAAUCCCCACCUAAGGAUUCUUUGGAGUAUAGGAGAUAAUUAGGAAAAAAGCCAGGUGGUUAUAAUAAAAAAAAAAAAAUAUAUAAAAAAGUAAAUAAAUAAAAGAUAAUGGUGCAAAAGAAUAAAAUGACCAAAAUCUAUUUAUUAACAGUAAUUAAAAAGCAGUACAAUAUCCAAACGCGUUUCACCAAUAUAGGCUUUAUCAAUGGAUUAAAAAAGUUGCAUGGACUGACUACAAUCAGACGCGGAUGCACAGCUCCUGAGCAGGGACUAUGUGACACUGUUCGAUGGUGGGGUUGUUGACAGCGGGUAUAGGGAGAUAGGGAACAACAGGGUCAGAGGUCAGGAGAGGGGGAGGGAGGGGACAGAGACCUAGGAAGAAGAUGGCUGGCUGGGAGGGAAGAGAUGGGAAGGGGAAAGGAGGGUAUGAGAGACAGAUGCCUACCAUAUGGAAUAAGUUGCCGAAAGUCAAUCGUACAAUACGACGGGAGAAGGGAAGGAGGGAGAAGAGACCUAGAUGGGAGGGGUGGGGACAUCGUAGGAAGAGGAGAAGGUAUAGUGUCUUAAUAUGAUAAUAAUCCUGAUUGUUUGGUAAUUGAGGGGUGGGGGGGAUAUGUGAUCUAAAGAAGUGGGGGAGGGAGUGAAGCUAUAAGCUACUCAGAAUGUCUAUGUAUGAUAAACUUGCAAAUCUUUUCAAGUGUUUAAAUAUGCUGAAGCACAUACCAUAUGCGUAGCCCCACCGAGCUGUUGCCCAACCCCAGCAUAAAGGGACACAUAGAGACUGGUCAACUGCCUGUAGGCAGAAACAGAUGACCCAAGGAAAACACGCAAGACAAUUUCAAGUUCCCUAGGGCACUCAUGUCCCACCCCCUGGAACUGCACAGCCAGCGUUAAAGGGGGCCACCAUGCACAUGGUUGCUACAUCCCAUGUCCUACUGGACUCACACCACCACAAGCCAAACCAUCAGCACACACACCACGUAAGACGACGAACUGACACGAAGGGAGACGAUACCUCACUAAAGACCCUCAACAGCAGACUAGCCAGACAUCUAUCCACAAACGGCAAACCAGACAACUACCCCACUGACAAGGUUAUAUCUCAGACAACAAAACGAAAUAGCAUGAGUGCAUCUAUCAAACGAUAAUUCUAGCGGGAACGCAAAUAAUUUACCACACACUACCCCAAUCGACAUAACGGGAGAGAUACACCCCGAAAGGCACAGGCCACCACCCGACACACAAUCCGUGUAGAAUACCCACUGGGAGACCACUGCCGAUGCCUAGCCGGGGAACUGACCGGCGGUACGGCACUGAUUAUCUACCCAGAAACACACGGAGCUAUCCUAUACCGGGGUACCACAAAACCCCUAACACCCCCGAACGACCUCAUGAAACCAACGCCUUAGAACCAUCGGCAGAUCGGGGACACACACAGCUUCCAACACAACCUACCACCCACACCUAGUCACACCACUUACACACACCUACACACUACUCCUAAACCCACUGCUUCCUCCCCUCCCUCCCACCCAUCGGCCCGCAAAACAGGGACGGCGAUAUUACCGGCAUCUCACUUACAAUUCACCCUUAUGGACAAGAUGGAAGACACGGGGAGUAGAUUUCUCUUCAUUAAAGGAGAGAGAGCACGGAAAAUAUACACGUUCGCUACGGUCUAUGCUCCAAACAGUGGACAAGCCAGCUUCCUUAGAAGAACAAUGGCGAAGCUAUCUCAAUUCAUGGAAGGAACCCUCCUAUUUGGAGGGGACCUCAAUGUACCCCUGGACCCUCGAACAGAUACCACCACGGGAAGAAGCAGCAUCCCAGACUCAGCGAUUAAAACCAUAUGUAAAGCUCUUAGAGACAUAAGGCUGGUAGACACCUGUAGAGCACUGCAGCCAGAGGGAAGGGACUACACCUAUUACUCCACGCUACAUCAUAGGUACACCAGAAUUGACUAUAUAUUCGUGCAACAAGAGGGGCUCACAUAUCUCCAGAGGGCUGACAUCCUCACCACAACGUGGUCGGACCACAGCACGGUGCAAGUGUCUAUGACAUCACCAUUGUUCAGACCAAAAGAACCUCAUGGAGGCUGAAUGACUCCUUACUGAUAGAUGCGGCAAUACAGGCACAGGUGGCGGAACACCUUAAUCAGUACUUUGCGGAGAAUGUCACAGAAGGAGUAUCAGACAUGACGGUAUGGGAAGCUCAUGAAAGCAUCGUCAGAGGUCACCUCAUCCGAAUAGCCACCCAAAGGAAGAAAGAAACUAGCCACCAGAUCAUAGACCUCACACAGAAGAUCAGCGACCUGGAAUUAACUCACAAACGCAAUCAACAGGAGCAAACCUACAGAGACCUAAUGUCCACCAGAAGAUAAUUGGCAGAGCUCCUUGAACGCAAACACGCCAGAACUAUACAGCGAUUGCGUGCAUUCUUCUACAGGCACGCCAAUAAAGGAGGCAAACUCCUUGCACGGAUGCUGAGAGGCACACAAAAAAGGGCGCAAGUCCACACCAUCCAAACAGCGCAGGGUAAAACAACGCUGUUCUCAAAGGAAAUCGCAGACGAAUUUGAGAAGUUCUACACGAAACUAUACAACACCCGAAGGAAACGACGGACAAUCCCCAACCACGAGGCAGGCGGACAUGAUAGAAUACCUGACCAACUUACAACAAAACACCCUCACACCGGUUGAAGCAGAGGAAUUAGAUUCGCCUAUCACUGAGGGGGAAAUAUGACAGGCACUAAAAACAGCAAAAACGGGCAAAGCCCCGGGACCAGACGACUUCCCGGUGGAAUACCUCAAGAAAUUCGGACACAUACUAUUAUUGUAUCUGACCAGGGCGCUCAACAGCAUAAGAGACGGAGGCACUGGCGGCUACCAUCACAGUGAUCCCCAAACCAGGAAAAAACACCGAACAAGUCGGUAAUUACAGCCCAAUAUCGCUCCUUAACACAGACAUCAAACUCUUCUCCAAAAUCCUGGCGAUGAGACUACAAACCCAUAUGGCACGAUUAGUACACCCAGACCAGACAGGCUUCAUACCAGGACGUGAAGCAAGAGACUGCACCCUACGACUGUUUGCCAUACAACAUCUGGCCAAACAAACGGAGGCGAGACUGCUGUUACUCUCCACAGAUGCAGAGAAAGCUUUUGAUAGGGUGGACUGGAGCUUCAUGACGGAAACGCUACGAUCGACUGGUAUGGGCAUGGGUAUGCUUACAUGGAUCACCGCACAUUACAGUCCACCGACCGCCAGAGUCAGGGUGAAUGGUGCACUUACAGACGGUUUCGACAUCAAAAACUGCACGAGACAGGGGUGCCCACUGUCGCCCCUGGUAUUCGCCCUCACCCUAGAACCUUUAUUAGAAAGCAUCAGGAGAAACGAGAAGAUAACGGGACUGAGACAUAGAGAACAGGAACACAAAGUCGCCGCAUACGCUGAUAUGUUUUUUUUCUCGAAAAUCCACUAGACUCAAAUACACCACUAAUGGAAGAAUUCGAAAACUAUGGCCGGAUUGAAACUGAACGUGCCCAAAUGUGAAAAUCUCAACAUCACGGCCCCGGAUAACGAAUGUGAUCAACUAAAGCGGAAGUUCCCAUUCCACUGGUGCACAGACAGAAUGAGAUACCUCGGACUCUGGAUAACACAUACAACAAAGGACAUCUAUACCCACAACCACACUCCACUCCUGACACGCAUCAUAGAAGACCUCAAAAGAUGGAAUUACCCCCACAUAACCUGGAUCGGGAGAAUAGCAGUCUUAAAGAUGAACAUCUUACCACAGAUAUUAUACCUCCUACACACCGCACCACAGACAAUCCCCCACACAUUCUUUAUAGCACUCAAAACAGCAUUCGUACAAUAUGUCUGGAAGGGAGAAAGGGCACAGAUCAGCUAUGACAAACUCUGCCUCCCAAGGAGUUGGGGUGGGCUGGCUCUACCUGACAUCAAAAGAUAUCAUCAGGCAACGGUAUUACAGAGACUCAAAGAACUACACACGGACACGCCACAUAAACUAUGUGUCCAGCUUUGGAGGGACACUGUAGACAAAAAACUCCAUACACUGGUGUGGUACAAUGAAAGGGAUGCCCGGACGCUGCUAGGGGAAGCCUCUCCCCUCACGCACACCCUGACGCACUGGUCCACAAUAAGAAAGGAGUAGCAGAUCUCGCCCAAACCCUGUCCCCUGAUACCCAUCACAGACAACCCAAACCUGGGAGACAGCCUUCCACCGAAUGCCUGGCCAAAACACGACCGAGAUGGAUACAUACCAAUACACACAGUCCUGAACAAUAUGGGAGUCCAAUCAUUAAGGGUAAUUUCAGGUGAAGAAACGCCCACGCUAAUGCAUCAAUUCCACUACAUCCAGCUUAAGCACUACUAUCACAACCUACCACACAGAGGCAAGAUACACAGAGAACUAACAUGGUACGAAAACCUAUGCACACAGACACCAGAGGUGGAGGGUAGGGUUUCCGCAUUAUAUCAAAACCUACUGACGUCAAACCGUACUAACAACAACUUAUACAAAAGACAAUGGGAGGACUGGACAGAGGAGACCUUCAUGGACAACCAGUGGGGAAAGAUACUAACCCUACGACACAAAAGCACCUCCAGCUCCCACUACCAGGAAGUAAAUUAUAAGCUAUUGACACACUGGUGUCGUACACCGUCACUGAUCAACCGAUACAAGCCGACAAUUCCGAACACCUGCUGGAGAUGCGGGGAGGAACCCGGCACCUUAAGGCACAUCUGGUGGGACUGCAAUAAAAUAAAACCUUUUUGGGAGAGCAUUCACCAGGAAAUCAAGCAGAUACUAGACGAACCCACACAUUUGACGAUGGCGGACGCUCUUCUAUAUCAUACAGAACGACCAAUACCCUCCUACAGGAGGUCAAUACUGAGGCACUUACUAAACGCGGCCAAGUCCCUGGUCCCACUACACUGGAAAAAGGAAAACCCACCCACAAUAGAAGAAUGGACAUGCAGGGUAGAAGACAUAAGGAUAGCAGAGGCGAAAAUAGCAGAUUCCCAAGGGAGAAGCGACAAACGUGGAAAGGUGGACACCCUGGAUACUCCACUUAGGUGAUCCCCAUGCAUAAGUCUGUGUAUGAUACAACAACCGUUCAAUAAAAAAUCAUAUUUACAAAAAAAAAUUUUUUAAAAAUUGGGUUUGUGAGGGUAUAUGCUACACAAUUAUCAAUUUAAGUCUCUUUAAGAUGUAAAAUGCUUGGAUUUCCCAGCUACAUUACAUAGAUACUGUGUAUUAUAACAUUAAGUGUGUGUUUUUUUUUUUGUUUUUUUUUCAUAUCUAUCCUUUCUGUUUCAUCAAUGCAAGGCAUUACAGGAAGCAUAUCGUGUGCUUAAACCUGGAGGAAGGUUUCUGUGCCUCGAAUUUAGUCAAGUGAACAAUCCUCUGCUGGCCAGGUAAGUCAUUUAUUAAAUCGUGGACACCGCAGCUACUGAAGGAAAUUGUGCAUCAGCUACAGGGGUAAAGCCAUUACUGCUACAGUAAUAGCUACUUUCCAUUCUUCCUAUACAUGACCUCAAGUAUACUUGUGAAUGGGAUAUCACUAUGCAUUAUGUCCUGCAAGUCCCAUAUAUUUUUUUGAAAGUUUUAUUUAAAAGUAAACACUGGAAUUAUGGGAAUUGUAAUUAAGCAGCUGAAGGGAUACUCCUGAACACCAAACACUCUCACCAAAGCAACUUAAUCUUUUUAUUUGAGAUAAAUGGAGCCCUUGCACCAUGGUGACAGUUUGACUCCAAUGCAAAGCGUCUAUCAUUAACUGUAUAAAUUUCCACUGGAGUGCCUUGUUUAUGGAUUAAAAUUAUCUCUUUUUCACACAUUAUUUAAAUGGUGCAAAGUUUUCAAAAAGUACCCAGUGAGACCAACCUAAAGGCUGCUCUGGGAUAUAAUCCACAUAUGUGCCUUUUCCCUUUUCAUAAUUGACCAUUGACUAUUUGACAUUUUUCUCGCCUAGAACCCUUUUUUUUCGCACUAUGAUUAAUUUAUCCCUCUAACACUAGAAAUGCAAAGUAUUUUGAGUAUUAGAACGCUUUCUUACCUAUCCCCAAUAAAACAUGAAGAAGAUUUACACACCUGUAGUUUAUUACUGCAACAGUCUCUCCAAGGCUGCUCUGGUGGCCUUGGUGAGAUUAUCCAUGAUGUAACCUCAGCCAUUCCAAUAGUGCCACAUCAGGAAAUAUUCGGGUGUUCGUAUGUAUGCAGGAAAUUAAACAUUUAGGACAAAUUAGAAAAAUUCAAAAAGUUAAUUCUGCUUUGUGUGUGUCUAUUUUGGCUUUGAAUUUUAAAUUCACCUUGAAUUCCCAGAAAUUCUCACCUUUGUGAAUAACCCUGAAUGAUUUUCCAAUGAGAGAGAGAAGUUUAUACAGCAAUACUGGAAGACAGCCUACAUGGCUUACAUACACCAUUCUGUAUCUUGAGCGCUGCAAUUCAAAAUACUGUGGUAGUGACCCAUGACAUGAUUCUAGUCAAGCUUACAGCUUAGUGAAAAUUAUAGAAUGUUAGUGCAGCAACGUAUCGAGGAUACGCAGCGCUAGAUCAGAGUAUUCAGUAAUUGGUGUGUGUGGGUUUUUUUUGUUUUUUUUUAAUUGUGGCAGUUGUAGAGUAGUCUGAUAAUGCAUCAGUUUUGCAUCAGAACUUGUGUCAUGUUUACAAAAAAGGAAGAAACUUCUAGAGUUUUCAUUCUUCAUGGGAGUUACUCUCGUAUCUUUAUUUUAAAAAAAAUAUUUUAAAAAAAAUACAAAAGAAGAAUUUGAGUAUUAUUUAAGUACAUCAACCACACAUGUUAACCUAGAGAGUAGACCAUUGUAUUAUAGCAUUUCAGUGUAUAUAGCAUUUCAUUGUAGUAUAGCAUUUCCAUAUCUUCCAUUGUUCAUCUGUGUGUCACAUGACAUCUCGAUGCAUUAAAAUAUAUCUUCCAAUAACAGGAAUUCUGAGUAUGUCUGAUAUUACAUUGUGUGUCUGGACCUGUUCUUAAUCCUCUUUAGGGCUUAUGACCUGUACAGUUUCCAAGUGAUUCCAGUGCUUGGGGAAAUCAUUGCUGGUGAUUGGAAGUCCUAUCAAUACCUAGUCGAAAGCAUUCGACGCUUCCCUCCUCAGGUAAAACAUUUUUGUAAUACCAGUCAACAAUUUGGUUUACUUUAAAACAGAAAUUUCAUAUAAUGCUGAAUAGCUAGCUUGUACAUAGCUAAAAACCGGCAAUUAUAUAUUUGAUAUUAAACCGUUUUUUGUUUUUUUUUCUCCUGUAGGAGGAGUUUAAGGCCAUGAUUGAAGAUGCUGGGUUUUUCAAGGUGAAAUACCAUAACUUGACAUCUGGAAUUGUUGCAGUUCACUCCGGGUUUAAGUUAUGAGUAGCAUAUUUUCUACACUGAAGAGAAUGUCACGCUUGUAAACUGAAAACCUAUAGUUUCCGUUUUGGAAGAUAAUUUAUUUGUACUAAAAUGAAAAUAAUUUUAUAUUUUUUUUUUUCUCUUUAUAUUGUGAACCAGUAUUUUGAAAUUAUUCCGAUUAAGCAAUUGAGUCACACCUACAAGCGUUUGCAUAUACACAUAAUUGUAGUAGGUGAAAAAAAAAUUUCGGACAGGAUUAUCCCCUUAUUUAAAUAUAGAAAAUAAUCCAGGCACUCCAAGGUAUUCAAAAAGAUAGGCAAUUUUAUUGGACCGAAGCACCAAAAAACAACGUUUCGAUCCCUUAGGGCCUUUGUCAAGGAUUAACCCCUUAGGCACCAAACACAUGCCAGGGAUUUGGCUAAGCCAUGGUCCUUGUUCCUUCAGGGGUUAAAUCGAAUGUAUGCCCCCUGGAUAUUACUUUAGCCGCUGUCUAGAUUAUUCAUCAGAGUACAAACUGUUGGAAAUUAAAUGUGAAUUUACAUGUUUAACCCAAAAUAGCUGAAAAGAAAAUGUUUCCCUGGCUAUUUAUAGUUUAGCUAUUUUUUAGUUUGGGUGUUUCCUAAAAUCUUAAAUUCACACUUAAUUUCCCACAGGACAGUUUAAUGUUUAUGUCUGGGGUUUUUUUUUUUUCUCACAAUUGAUUUAAUGUGGGACUUCCAUAAACAAAUACACCUUCUGUAUAUGGUUCAGUUGUAUCAGAUGGAAUUUAAAAUAGCAAAAUGUAUUAAAAAUAGCCACACUGUGACUGGAGUUGGAUAAUUUUUCCAGAUCAGCUAUUUGCCCCUAAACUUUUCCUUUCUGUCAACUAUAUAGGCUCCCAAACCACUUCCUUGAGAUGAAGUGGCCUGGGUGCCAUGUGCCUCCUGUUUAACCCCCGCAGCUGAAAACAUUGCCAUUUUGCAGGAGUUAUAAGGAGGCACCACUGCAAAAUAGUGGAAUAAAACUCCUCUAUUUCUAAUUAACUGAUUGAAUUGGCUCUCAGCCAAAGAGGUGGAGCUACACACCAGAGCAGUUUUAAUUUUGUUGACUAACAAUUUUAGUCCAAUUUCGUCUACUAAAAAUGUGAUAUUUAGGUGACUAAAACUAGACUAAAACAAUUCAGAUGACUAAAAUACAACUAAAACUAAAAUGGCUUUUAGCCAAAAGACUAUGACUAAAGCUUAAUUGAAAUUUGCCAAAAUUAACAUUUGUGGGUAAAACACAUGGAGGAGAGGAAAUUAGACACAUUGGGGGCUGAAGGAAUGAGACACAUGGGGAGGCUGGGAGAAGGAGACACAUG